AUGGAUACACAUACAUAUUUAGAAGAUUUAUCAAAUGAAAUUUUCUUCGAAAUAUUUGAUUAUUUACAUGCACUUGAGAUUUUUACUGGUUUUUAUUCAUUAAAUAAACGAAUUUUGUCUCUUCUACAAUCAAUUCCACUUCAUGUUGUCAUCUUAAAUAGUCAUUAUGAUCGAGAAAUUGAUUUUCUUUGUCAUCAUCUUAUUUUUCAUGCUCAUCAAGUCAUAUCACUAAAAUGUUAUGAUACAAUUCGUAAUCGUUCAUCUAUUAUUAGCCUACUAUUUAAUCGACAUCAUUUUGUUAAUCUUAAUUCAUGUAUAUUUAUAAUGGAUAAUAUAUCAUCUGAAUUUGUAAAUAUUAUUAAACAAAUUGAAAGUUUGAAUAGACUUGUUUCAUUUUUUAUUAUUCAAUCGGAAAAUAAAAAAAUCAAUGAGAAAGAUAAAUAUGAUAUAAUUCGAACUAUAAUGAUGAAUAAAUCAUCUUCUCUUCGUUCAGUUAAGCUUCAUUAUGAUUAUUAUGACUUGAAUAUAUCAACUUAUACUUCAAUUACUUCGAAUCUUAUAUCACUUGAAUUAUUAAUAUCUGGUUCAUCAAAUAAAGUAUCAGUUUAUUCAAUUUUGCCAAUUCUUCGUAUUUGCCAUAGAAUACGAUACCUACAUGCCAUAAUAAAACAUGAUAUUCUAUCUCAAAAUAAUAAUAUAAAUAUUUUAAUUCAAGAACCAUUUAUUAAUGAAAAUGAUCUUCCUAUAUCAUCACAACUGAUAUCUUUUGAUUUAUCAAUUUUUACUAUAUGUGACAUUCGUUCAAUUGCAUAUAUCUUACGUUGUAUGCCUAAUCUUAUACAGUUUAAGUUUCUUCAUGAAACACGAAGAAUAGCUCAAUCAUAUGCUGAUGAUUUUGUCAAUGGUUAUACAUGGCAACAUAUGUUUGAAAUGUAUACUCCAUUAUUAUUGAAAUUUGAUUUUCAUAUCUCAUUCAAGAAAAGUUAUCCAAAAUUAGAUUUAGAUCUAGUAAUAAAUUCAUUUCAAUAUUUUAUUAAAAAAUAUUCCAAAUGGCACAUGAUUAUUGAUCGAUGGACACCUGAGAAUAGAAAUACUCAAGAGAUUGUUAUGUUACGCACAUUUGGUUAUCAGAAAUAUAAAAGAAACGUUCAUAUCGCUAUUCCAAUAAUUUAUUAUGAAACAUUUGAGACACGAUCAACAAAGGCAACAACAAAUGAUCAUUAUCUUUAUUUUACAGACACAAAAUAUUUAAAAUUGGAAAUGGGAGAGAUAAUACCAAACAUUAAUUCUGUUCCAUUAUUUCAACAUAUCAAAUAUCUCGUUGUAUAUUAUUAUCCAGAAUUAUAUGUGACAUAUUUGAACACUUCAUUAGAUAUUGUGAAUCCUUUGCAACUAAAGAAAGAUUAUGUUUCACCAGAAUAUAUUCCUUAUCUUUCACAUAUUGUUCAUUUACUUAAUGUAAAUCAAAUUAAGUUUGAUCCAUGUAUUUAUGUAGGUCAAUGGAAAGACAUUCGAUUUAUUUUACAAGCAUGUCCAAAUGUGAUUGAUCUUGAACUUAAUCCUUCAGAUUUGAUUUUAUCAGAAUUUAUUGAUUAUCAAUCUCUUUUUGCAAUUUUUAAACAAAUUAAAAUACUCAAAUCAAUAACAGAAAAUUGUUAUGUGCCUUCGGAUUUUCUAUUAAAACUUGUUCAACGUUUUCCAUCACUUACUGAUAUUGAACUUCAAGUAUAUUCAUUCGAUGAUUGUAUAUAUGCUAUUGAUAUAUUACUUAGUCAUCUAAAAAAUUUGUCUUAUCUUAAAAUUUAUUAUAUUGAAGUUUCAUCACUCGAUCAUCCUUUUUCAUGUAAUUAUAUUAUUGAUAAACGUCGUCAAGAAUUUGGUUUUAAUAUUAUUGAUGAAUAUAAGAUUACAAUUAUGAAGAAUAAAGAAUCUGUAGAAAUUAGAUUAUCAUAA